UUCCGAACAUAAAUAGCGUAAGAAGUACUCCUAUUCGGUUUUCAACCUGUAAGGCUUUUUUUUUAAAACUACACAUAACAAAAUAACGCUUAAGUAAACAAACUUAUCAGUCAUCAUGAACAGAAAAUAUUUAGCCGUUACAAUCAUAGCUGCUAUGCUUUUCCAAGUCACUUAUUGUGGACUGCCCACACAUCGAGUAGCCAGACAGUCGGGCGAUUGGCAAGAAAUUAUCAGGGACUAUUGGAACAGAAUAACGUCGUCUGGUGAAUCAUCAAGUAACAAGGAAAAUAAUUCAGAACCGACUAUAAAAAAUAACGACUUGGGUGUAAAGGACGAAGAAGCGGUAUCUGCGACAUCUGAAUCCAAAAUUUCUGCGAUGGCUGACGAGGGCGUUGAACAAAAUAUGGACAUGGAUUUAGAUGAAUUUAGGCAGUUUUCCAACACGUCGGAAUUUGAGAAUUUCGCAUAUCAAUACUAACUAGACGGCAUAUGAGUUGCGGUAAACAACCCAAUGAGUAGUAUUAUAAUGACUGCACAAUAUGUUAUACUUUAAUAUCUUAAAAAUUACAAUAUUAAAUAUUACACCUCUAUUAUUAAUAAACUUGUUGUUCCACUUAAAAAGGUAACAUUGCAAUUAGCUUCGCCGUGUCAUUGAAAAGAAAUGUAUUAUACAAUGGUGCGUUUUCCUUAAUAGUGUGUUGCAGUGUUUGAAUAUUUCAAAAAGUAUCAUGUUUUUAAAAAUUU